AUGCCAAGGGGACAGAAGAGUAAGCAUCGCUCCCGUGCCAGGCGUCAACAGGAACACGGGGAGAGUCCUUGGGGUGCACAGGCCCCCAAAGAGAAGGAAGUGGAGUCUUCACCCGCUUCUCCUGCUGGUGAUGGUGCUCUCCCCAGCUCCAGUGCUGUCUGCAUUUCCCACAAGUCUCAGGGAGCCCAGUCAUCUGCCUGUGAUGAUGUAGGGGCUUCUUGUACUAGUUCUGAUGUAGGUGCCCAGGGUCCUAAUGCAGGUACUGAUGAGGAAAGUUCCAGUACCUUCCAGGUGGCAGUCCCCACUAAGAGCAGGUUCAAAGAUCCACUCACCAGGAAGAAUAAUACACUGGUGCAAAACAUGCUAGAGAAGCUUAAAAUAAAAGAGCCUAUUACACAGGUAGAUAUGCUAAAGGUCAUCCAAAAAAAUUACAAGCAGCGCUUCCCUGAGAUCUUCAGGAAUGCAACCCAGCAGAUGGAGCGGUUAUUUGGUAUUGAUUUUCAGGGAGCAAAGCCAAAUAGUAAACCUGAAACCCUUGCCAGCAAGUUGGGUGACAUCAGUGAGAGUAAUCUGAGUGCCACUGGGGGCUUGUCUAGGAUGGGCAUGGUGAUGAUGCUCUUGGGUAUCAUCUUUAUGAAGGGCAAUCGUGCCACUGAAGAAGAUGUUUGGAAAUUCCUGAAUGACCUGGGGAUUCAUGAUGGGAUGAAGUAUGCAAAGUUUGGUGAGCCUAGAAAGCUCAUCACCAAUGAUUUGGUGCUGGAUGGAUACCUGGAGUACCGCCAGAUACCUGACAGUGAUCCUCCCUGUUAUGAAUUCCUGUGGGGUGCCAGAGCCCGAAUUGAAACCACCAAAAUGAAAGUGCUCGAGUUCUUGGUUAAGGUUGUCGAUAAGCCCCUUAAUACUUUCCCUAUGUUGUAUGAUGAGGCUUUGAAGGAUGAGGCAGGGAGAGCAGAAGGAAGGGGUACAGCUGGGGACUCCCUUGUUGCCCAGGACCCUUCCCAUGCUGCAGCCCUCAGCUCCUCCCACAUCUAG